GUUGGCCAGAGGUUGAUAUAAGAUUGUACUGCGGUGCGCCGGCGCAGUCGAGAAAGCCCCUCGGACGCCGCUUGUCACGCCAUACACCAUGAACCUGUUCAUCUUUACGGCGGUACUUGGUGCAGCAUCAGCCCUUCCUUCCUACAUAGCGGUACCAUCAGAUCAGAUAGCCUUUCUGGAUCUGACUGCUCUCCGCACUCGUCGGGUGCCAAGACAGACUCUGGAACCACCUUCCCUUCCACAAGCUGCUUACCAAGAUGAUUACCAGCCAGUACCGUUGGAACAGUAUAACCAACCAAGCGUAGCUCUGGCACCUCCCCCACCACCACAAUCCCCCAGAAUACAGCAACAAGAGAAUAGAGAAGAGAAUAGAGCUGAACCUUUACUGCAAUAUGCAGAAAGACCUGCAGAUUUCGGAGAAUAUGUUGAUUUUGGGGCUCAAACUGGAGAUAACGGAGCCUUUGGGUGGUAUGCGGAUUAUCCACUCAACAACCAAGAAUCGUAUAAACAUUAAGAGUAAUGACUUAUCCAAUCAGUAUUAGACAAUCUUGCCAAGUUAGGUAUAUAACCAAAGAUUGAUAUUGCAGAAUUACCGCACAUUUGUUUUAGACGGUUAAUUCCGCAUUCAGAGAUAAUUGUAGAUUUAUAAUUCAAAGUAAACUGUGAUAAGCGCUGCGAUAGUUCACUUUCUUUCUUCGUUCUGUCUGCUUAAAUAGUAUUCUAUUUACUAUUACUUUUCUUUCUUUACUUCUUGUUCUAUGUUUCCAUACUUCCAUUCUUCCUUCUCCUUCUUUUACUCUAUGUUAUCUAUAACCUUUUUCUUUUCUAUAAGCAUGCUUCUUUUCUACAACUUCCUUAUCGCAUUUAUUUCCUAUCACUUUCUUUACUUAUUUACGUGUAUCUUUAUGUAUUUCCAUUUACUCUCUAGACUAAAAAAAUACUUUAUUUAUAUUUAAGAAAAAUUCUUAGGCAGAUUUGGGUGUCUUUGUUAAUCUAGACUUAAGACAAGCAAUUACAAAGAUGAAACAAAUGUUUUAAAUAGCAACAAUUUUUUAAACAUUUACAAAAACUACUCAAGGCAAUUUAAGCUACGCCUUCUAUUGUAUAGACUAGUACAUAUAUGAUAUUAUAUCUGGUCAUAUAAGCCCUAUUAUGGGUAAAGUUUCAGUUCUACCUUCCUAUCAAGCUUUUCCUCUUUAUUCUUAAUCGGUACACACUUUCUUUAAAACAUCUAUUCAAAUUCACGCAUCACGCUUUAUGUCUCCAUUCAUCUAUUUGUUUCUCUGUUUACCUAUUUCAUUUUAUUUUUCUCAUAAAUCUAUCAUCGUUAACAUCCUGUAAACCUUUCUCUUCAAUAUUAUAAUUUUUAUUUAUGCUUUUCUUCUCAUUUUCCUAUACAUAUUAUGUACUUCCUUUAACUCACUUUUUAUAUCUUUUAUACUUAAGCAUAAAAUUACAUUAUGUGUUUUCUAGUAUGAACUAUCAAUACCUAAACAUAUUAUUUGCUUUUCUAUACUCUAUUCACAGUUUCCUUCUUUUCCUUUAUUUAUAUUUUCUGUUUACAUUCAUUUAUUUCAUUUUCUUUUUUACCGCUAUCUUUAUUUUUACAUUUAUCUUUUACUGUUUUCUUGAUCGAACUUUCUUUUUUUUCCCACUAUCUAUAUAACUCAUCCUCAUAUACUUAAUAUAUAUAUCAUCAUUACCUGUUUUUCAACAAAUUUUUACAUACUUUUAUUAUUCUUUUGUUAUCUAAACUUCUCUUAUUUUCUCACGAUCUAUAUAAUUCAAUCUCUUUAUAUAUAUAUAUAUAUUUAAUAAUAUUUAUAUCUCAUCAUGACCUGUUUUUGAACAGAUUUUUACAUACAUCUUUUACUCUUUUCUUUUAAUGGGUUUCUCGAAACUUCUUUUAUUUUCAUCUAUAUAAUUCAUUAUUUUUAUCCUCAUCAAAAAGAACGUAAGUUUUUCCUAAUAUUCAAACUUUCCAUCAUUCUCUUAAAUCUAUGUACUUUGUUUUCAUUUUAUUUCUUGUAUCUUCAACAUUUUCGUUACAAUUCUCUCUAAUAUUCUUUCUUUUCUUAUAUCUUUAUAAUAUUUUUGUAAUGCUACAAUAAAUUACAUCAUCGAAAUAUGAAAUUAUACUUUCAGUAAGUAGCCUAUUCU